GUAGCGCUUGCCAGCAGUAGCGGUGGUAGUGCAGGCGGGGGGUUCGCCUCUUCUGUGGGUGGACUCAGCGUAAUGGCGUCUCGAGAGCUGAUUGCUGACUCCGCCCCCGAUUCUGUCCUUGCUGUCGCCUCCCUUUUUUCCACUCAUCGACCGAGAGGCGGACGACUGGGCGGUCAGAAGGGGAUGCGAGGAGGCAGGCGUCGACGUCAGUGCACUAUUGCCUAUCGAGUGCGUCUCUUUCCCUUUUGGCGGCGACGAUUUCUUAUUAAAUUCGACAGGUUGCAAUUGACCGCUCUGUUUGAUCGGUAA